AUGAAAGAAAGGAAAGAAUAUAAUAAAAGAAGAGAAGAAGAGAUAUUAACGAGAUAUAUGAGUAGAUAUGAAACGCCAUUUUUAAAGAAGCCACAAACAAUAAUGACGAAAAGUGAAAGAAGACAGGAAAAGAAAGAAGAAGAAGAGGGAGAAAGACUUCUUCGUCCAAGAGGAAGAGAGGGAAAGAAAGAGAAGAUAGAGGAGAUACGAAGACGAGGGAUUGAGAGAUAUAUUAAGAUAGAGAGUGUGAGAAAAGAGUAUGAGAAGAAAGGGAUACAAGAGUUAUUUGAGUGGCAAGUUGAGUGUCUAAAAACAAAAGGGGUUAGAGAAGGUACAGAGAAUUUAGUGUAUAGUGCACCGACAAGUUCAGGGAAAACGUUAGUGAGUGAAAUUCUGAUGAUAGAGCGAUACUGCCAAACACAAAAGAAAAUGAUAUACAUAGUACCAUAUGUGUCAAUGGCACAAGAAAAAGAAGAGUAUUUUCAAGAGAUAUUGAAAAGUAUAAAAAUCAAUAUAAAAGGGUAUUUUCAAAAUCGAGGAAUAGACAAAGAAUUUGAUAUUGGGAUAUGUACUAUUGAGAAGGGGAAUGGAUUAAUUAAUAAACUAAU